UUUUCAACAAAUUCCUGAGCUGUCAGGCACUAUGUCAAGUCAAAAGAAAGAGAGAGAAAAAAUAAUUUCCUUUUGCCCUUUCAUCUUUAUUCAUUGUUAUCUUUGUUUUACUUUUAAUCAUGAAUAAGAUAGUACCUUAUAAUGCUGUUAAGCAUCCUUCGUUCUCUAGAUCGCAGCUUCAAAAGAACGUGACCACCUUGAUUCGCUUCUGGAACACCAAAUGUGUACAAGGUACUCCCAACGAUGACAAACGAGAUAAGCCGGGAAUUUUUGAGGACACAGUGCCAAGUAGAAAAGACGAUCAAGUUCUAACUGACAACAUGGCCGAUUCUCUCUUUUGCACAUUGACCGAUUCGGAUCUUUUCUGUGGCCUCUUUGAUGAGAUGGACCGUAUUGGAGGUGACAUUGCGGCUUCUUUGGAACAGGGCAGUCAAAGUGAGUCGCUGCGUUGUGAUGCAAGUAGCUUGGUAGCCAGUAAACAAGAAAGUGACGAUAUUGACAAGGAGAUCAUUGGAGAUUUUUCGUCUGCUAUAGAUGAGGCUCUUCCUGAGGCAUAUUCUCCCGCUUCACAGGUUUCUCCCAAGGCGAGACGGAUUAGCCUGAGUAAAGCGUUGAAGAAACCGCUCGUCAAGCUUUACAAGAAGGUAAAGAAUGUGUUUGCAAAGCGCUUGGCCAAAAAAAGAUCCAUCGAGUUUGUUGUCAAUAAAAGCUACACAAGUGACCCCGUAAGUGAGAGAAAGAUGGGAUAUAAACCCUUUUGUUGACAAUUUUCUAUCUAUAGGUCCCAUCCUUGAUAGCACAUACCAACGAUGAUGAAGAAGCAUGUUUUGGUGAGCAAAGUACUUGUAGUCAAGAAGAACUAUCGACACCCAAGGAAACAUCCUUCAGUCAAUACUUUAAUGAAGUCAAGAACGACGAGAAGUCCUCCCUGC